AUGGCGGACGACGCAAGCACCUCCGCUGCCGCCGAAGGCGUGGCUAAUCUCCAUCUCGACGAAGUCACCGGCGAAAAGGUCUCCAAGUCUGAAUUGAAGAAGAGGCAAAAGAAUCGGGCCAAGGAGGAGGAGAAGCGCAAGAAGGAGGCCGCUGCACCCCCCAAGCCGGUCGUGGCUAAGAAGUCAAACGCUGAGGCUGACGAGAAGGAGUUGAACCCAAAUCAAUAUUUCGAGAUUCGAUCGCGCGCCAUCAACAAGCUUCGGCAGACCAAGAACCCAAAUCCGUAUCCCCACAAAUUCCAUACAAAUUACGAUCUGAGGAAUUUCGUCAAGGAAUACGACUCUUUGAAGUCGGGAGAGCACAAGAAGGAGGUCGAGAUUAGAGUUGGUGGCAGAAUCUAUAACAAGCGAUCAGCAGGAAACAAGCUCGUUUUCUACGAUGUGAGAACAGAGGGUGUCAAGGUGCAGAUUAUGUGCCAGUCACAGGAAGCAAAAGAGGAUGGUGUUCCAUUCGCAGACCAGCAUGAACACCUGAGAAGAGGGGAUAUUAUUGGCAUAGUUGGAUAUCCAGGACGAACUGCGCCGAAGAACAAGAUCGAGAAGGGAGAGGAAGGAGAGCUUUCGAUUUUCGCCACGGAGAUCAUUCUACUGACACCUUGUCUACAUCAACUUCCAGACGAAUAUUAUGGAUUCAAAGACCAGGAGCAGAGACAUCGUAAGAGAUAUUUGGAUUUGAUCAUGAACGAGCCAACACGAAAUGUCUUUUUGACCAGAUCUAAGAUGAUCACAUAUAUUCGCAAGUACUUUGAUGAGCAAGAUUUUACAGAAGUUGAGACGCCAAUGAUGAAUUCAAUUGCUGGGGGAGCAACUGCCAAGCCGUUUGUAACGCAUCACAACGACCUUAACAUGGACAUGUUCAUGCGUGUAGCGCCCGAGUUGUACCUCAAGAUGCUUGUUGUUGGAGGAUUGAACAGAGUCUACGAAAUGGGACGUCAAUUCCGUAACGAAGGUAUCGAUUUAACUCACAACCCUGAGUUCACGACCUGCGAAUUCUAUAUGGCCUACGCAGAUGUCUACGACAUCAUGGAUAUGACUGAAGAGCUCGUGUCCGGCUUAGUCAAGCACGUAACUGGCGGAACCACAACCAAGUUCCAUACCCAGCAUGGAGAAGAAUACGAGGUCAACUGGGCUGCACCAUGGAAGAGAAUCGAGAUGAUUCCUGCCCUUGAAGAGGCGACUGGCGAGAAAUUCCCACCAGGAGACCAGCUUCAUACCCAGGAGACCAAUGACUUCUUUAAGCGGGUGCUUAAGAAGAUGAAGGUAGAGUGCUCGCCUCCUUUGACCAACGCCCGCAUGCUCGACAAGCUCGUCGGCGAAUUCAUCGAAGAAGUGUGUGUGAACCCAACCUUCAUCACUGGUCAUCCCCAAAUGAUGUCUCCUCUCGCCAAAUACCACCGCAGCAACCCAGGUCUCUGCGAACGUUUCGAAGCUUUCGUCUGCAAGAAGGAGAUCGUAAACGCAUACACCGAGUUAAACGACCCAUUCGACCAGCGUCUCCGUUUCGAAGAGCAAGCACGUCAAAAAGACCAAGGUGAUGACGAAGCGCAGAUGAUCGACGAGAAUUUCUGUCAGAGUUUGGAGUUUGGAUUGCCGCCUACGGGUGGUUGGGGAAUGGGUAUCGAUCGUUUGGUCAUGUUCUUGACGGAUAAUUACAGUAUCAAGGAAGUCCUCGCUUUCCCGUUCAUGAAGGAAGAUCAGUCUAAGAGGCAUGAGAAGUUGGCUGCGGAGGAGGUCGGUAUUCAGCCUGUUGCUGAGGAGGGAAUUCGUAAGUCAUACCGCCCAACUUUUACACGACCGACAACGUCGAGCGCUGGAAUGAUUGAAGAAGGUCGCUAA